AUGCAGGGAGAACGAGACGGACAAACAUUAUCACCGUCUCCAUCCAUGCUAACCGAUGAGACAACUAAAAAUGAUAAUAAUUCAACAUCAACAUCCUCCUCGAACAAUUCAUCAACUGAGCUAGCAUACCUUCCUAUUGGCUGUUCAGUGAGUGCAAAAUAUCGAGGAGCAUUCUGUUCAGCACAAGUAAAAACAAUUGAAAAACAAGUUAAACUGAAAGUCACAUUAGUUGAUAGUGGUGAUACAAUAACAAUAUCUGAAGAACAAAUAGUUCAUUCUGUUCCAUUACGUAUUGGUAAUACUGUAACAAUACGUUUAGCAUCAUCGAAUCGACGUCAAUCAAAUGAUUCAAAUUCUAAUCAUCAUUAUUCACGUAGCGGUUUAGCUGCCUUUAUUAAUCCAACAAAUCCCGAUGAAAAACAAGCUACUAUCAAACAAAUUAUUGAUAAUAGCAUUUAUACAGUUAUAUUUAAUGAUGGUGACGAAAGAUCUCUAAGACGUUCGUCACUAUGUUUACAAGGUAUUCGUUUAUAUCAAACACAAUAUGGACAACAAAAAAUCCUAGAAGAAAUUCCCACUUCAACAUCACCACCACCAACCAUACAAGCACCAUCGGCAUCGACACCCUCAUUAGUUACGUCGAAUGAUACAACAAAUACGAAUGCAAAUGAUAUAACAUCGAUUGUAGCUGUUAAACGACAUGGAAAUUCUGAUCAACAAGCUUUUCCAGCGUUGAUACUUAAACGUAAAGCAUUGGCCGAUUAUAUGUGGGUACGAAGUUUUGUUGAUGGAAGAGAAUAUAUUGUUCAUACACGUGAUGAUGCGCAUCCGUAUCAUAACAAUUCUGAUAUUCAAGCAUUGUGUCGUUCAACAUCAAAACAAGCAACACAAGCUUGUGAAAAAUUUAUUAAAUACAAUCAUAUACCAGCUGUAUGGCAUAAGAAAAAAAAGAAGCAACAAAAAUCCGAUGAUAAAAAUUCGCAAAGUGAUGCUGAAAGUAUCAGUGAAAGUGAUUCGAGUUCAAGUGAAUCAGAAGAUGAUGAUGAAAUUGACGAAGAAACAACAGAAGAAAAAGAUUCAUUUGUAGCUCAAUUAUUUGCUUUUAUGGACGAUAGAGGUACGCCAAUAAACAAUAUUCCAAAAGUUCAAAAUUAUGAUCUUGAUCUUCAUCGAUUGUUUAAAAUCGUUCGCAUGUUAGGUGGUUACAAUAAGGUAACAAAAAAUGAUCAAUGGAGUAAAGUUCAUAUAAAGAUGGGUCUACCCGAUGAACUAUCAUCGGAAAAUGGUCGAUCAAUUGAACAUGCAUAUAAAAAAUAUUUAUUUGCUUAUGAAGAUUUAUCGAAAAAAUUAGGUUCAAUGAAUGCACCAAGUGCAUACUUCGGUGGUCGCACAAGUUUAGGUAGUGAUUCACGACGAAGUUUAAUACGUGUACGACAACAACAACAUGAAGAAGAAAAAAAUCAAAAGAAAAUCACUAAAACUAAACCAUCACCUGCGGCUGUUAAACAAAGAUCUCGUAAAAGUGAUGAAUCUCGACCAUCUACUGAUACUAAACCAGUACCACCGCCUACAAAAAAAUCUGCACCAAAACCUUCGGCAAUUCCAGUUCGAAAAGGGCCGAAUAAAAUGAAAUCUGCCAAUAUUCUUUCAUCGAGUACAUCCGAAUCUGAAAGUGAAUCUGACAGUGAUUCGUCCGACAAUGAAUCGAAUCACUCUUCAUCAUCAGCUUACAAUAAAACAAAAGCUAAACCUAUUGCUACAACGCAACAAAAAAAACCAGCAAUAUCAUCAUCAGCAAUUCCGAAAAAAGUUAAUCAAAUAUCAUCAUCAACAGCGAUUAAACCGGACGUUAAAAAAGUUUCAACAAAUAAUAAACCGACCGUAUCAUCAGCAAACGAUAGUAAACAAUCGAAAUUAACAAUAACAAUACCAAUAGCAAAAUCAAAAACAGCACCGUCUACAAAUGUACAACAAGUUAAAAAAACAAAUGUUAUUUCGUCAGCAAAAGAUGAAAAGAAAAAAGUUUCCGACACGAAAUCUGUGCCAAUAAAAACUGAACCUAAAACAAUAGUAUCAUCAUCGUCGUCAUCAUUGAAUAAAAAAACUGUUAUUUCAACUCAAAAAACUUCACAAUUAACAAAAGCAAAUCAAAAACAAUCAUCCAAUUCAACAACUGUUAAUAAACCAUCAUCGACUGUAUUACCAUUUAAACCUAAGACAGUUCAAUCACAAACAUCAACAAACAAUAAUAAUAAUAAUAAUAAUAACACAAAAGAACGAUCGGGACUUACAAAGCCGACAUCAUCAUCUGUUGAAUCACGCCAAAUAAAACAAUCAAAAAUAAAUUCAUCAUCAGUUAAAGCUAUUUCACAAGAACGAUCAUUAUCAGCACCUGUUAAGAAAACCAAACCAACUAUCAACGAAGAAACUAUUACAAAACCUAUUUCAUCAGCAGCAUCGAUGAAAAUUCCGAAAAUAUCUGCAAAUAAUGAUUCAAUGAAAAAAUCAACAGCUACAUUGGAUAAAAUUCCUAAAAAACAAGUAUCAAAAGAAACGACAGUUAAAGUAACAAAAACGCAAGAUAAUACACCGUUAAACAAAUCUAAUCAUGAUCAACCAACAAAAGCUCAUUCACCAUCUCCAACUCGGCCAGUAGUACCUGAACCACUAAAACCGACCGUUGUCCGUGAUCCAUCUCCACUGCCUUUAACACCAGUAUCACCAUCGCCAUCGCAUCGAAAUUCAUUAUCUUCAAUUAGUGAUGAACCAAUAACAUCAACCAUUUUACCAAAUUCAAUUAGCUCUCUACAAAGCAUAAGCUCUUCGAAUGAAACAACACCCGAAAUCAAACCAAUUGAAACAUCUUUACUAGUUCAAUCAAUAUCGAUUCUAUCAACGAAAGAAUCUACUGACAAUGAAAUGCCUUCAUUAAAUCCAAACAAACGUCCACAUUCGGAUGAAACCUCUGAACUGAUCAAUAUAUCUGACAUUUCUGAACCAUUAACUCCAUCCAAACGACUUCGCCGUUCAAUAUCAUCGCAAGAAAGUAUUGAAACAUUCAGUACUGAUCAGCCAUCAUUAAUUGAUUAUAUAUCUGCCAAUCGUAAUACUCAAUUAACCUAUGAAGAUAUUUCUAUCAAUGAUGUAUUACUUGUAACAUGGGGUACUCAAGGUACAAAACAAUAUCCAGCAAGAUGUAUUGAAAAAAAUGAUGAAAAAAAAGAACUAUUAGUUCAUUACACCGGAUGGAAUUCUCGUCAUGACGAAUGGAUUAAAUUGGAUCGUGUUAUUGAACGUAAGGAUUCAACAAAUGCAAAUACAGUUUUUCAACAACGUCCACGUCGAACAAGUCAAAUAAAUAGUGUACGACAACAUCUUGAUUCAACAAAUUCUACAAAUUCAAUUGAACAAAACAAUCAACCACAAAUCACAAACUCAUUAAUUGUUGAUAUCAGUUCAUCAUCUGCAACCAUUGAUGAUGACGAACAAAAUAAAAUUCAAAAAACAAUUUCAAUCGAAAAACCUAAAAUUGAAGAAUCUGAUAUUGAUGAUAAUAGUCAAGGGCAAAGCGAAAUGUGGAAUCAUGUCGAAACAAUAUCAUCAACAGAAGAUGAUGCGCUUUCAUGUUCAUCGACUACUACACGUGCAAAUCAAUUAGAUUUAAAUGCAUUACCUAUUGAAGAAAUAGCAAAUAUCCGAAGAAGUAUAUCAACGACGAAUAAUGAAAAUAAUCUUUCAACUAAUAGUGAAUUUGAAUCACCUGAUGAAAUUGAUAAUGAAACAGAAUCAACACGUGACGAUGAUCAGAUUCAAUCGAUUAUUCCAAAACGAAGACAAUCAAGAGCAGCAUCAUCAGCUAAUAAAGUUGAUCCAACACUAAAUUUAAAAGUUGAACAAAUCGAAGAAAUACCUCCGUUAUCAUCCGACAUCCAUGAACAUUCACAUCAAUAUCCAUUAUAUGUGAAAGAAGAAACUAUUGAUAGUACAUCCGUUGAUCCUCAAUCAUUUCAACCACCGCCGUUACCGCCGCCAACAUCUCUUCUCAUCGACUCUAUCCUUCCGUCAACAAAUAUAUUACCAUCACCUCCAGCAACAGCUACUGGCAAUCGUCGUGCUUCUGUACGUCAACAAAAACGACGUUCACUACGUGAACCAAGUAGUACCAAAGAUUCAUCUUUAUCAGCAAAGAAAAAGAAAUUAGAUAAUGGAAAUAUCAUUAAUACAGAUAUGGGAACAGAUUAUAUGUCUAAUAUUGAUCAAACAUCAACAAGAUCAAAUUCAACUGACCAACAGUUUACAGAAAGUACAACUGGUAAACGGUAUCGACCCCCAGUAAGAAGAGGUGGGAAGAGAUCUGCUAAUCAACAAGAAUACGAAAAUGAAGAUUACCGUUCAAAUUCGCCAUCAAAUAUAACCAUGCGUCAACAAUUAAAAGAUAUGUUUAAGCAUAGACCAAGCCGUUAUAAUUUUCUUGAUCUUAAUAAUAAUUUAGCUGGUGAUGAGCGUAUAACGCAUUUAAAAGAUCGUAUGCGCGAAUGUCAAAAAGUGUUUUUUAAUCUUAAAAGUGCAUUGGUAAAAAUUGAAAAACAACGUAAAAUAUUUGUUCGAAAACAAAAACCAAUUAUAUCUACAACACCGACAAUUAUUCAAACAUCAACUACUGAAAUUUUGGGAACAACAACGUGUACAUAA